GCACCAUUAAGUUCUACAUUUUAGCCAACAACAAUGAAUAAUUUCGUAUACCUUGCAACUUUAGCCCUGUUACUGACGUUCUCCGUCAGCGUACAGGGGAACGUUUUAAGGUCAAGUUUUCAAGUGCUGUCAGAUGAAGUUUCAGCUGAUGUCGAAGAACCCAAGAUUCCCUCUGAAAUCGAACACCCAGAAUUUCCCUCAGGAGUCGAACAGCCAGAGCUUCCCGAGGGUGCCGAGCAGCCAGAACUCCCCUCUGAAGUCGAACAACCAGAGCUCCCAGUUGGUGGAGAACAUCCACAACUUCCCGAAGGAGCCGAACAGCCAGAACUCCCCUCUGAAGUCGAACAACCUGAAUUGCCCUCUGAAGCCGAACAACCAGAACUUCCAGUUGGUGGAGAACAUCCACAACUUCCCGAAGGAGCUGAACAGCCAGAACUCCCCUCUGAAGUCGAACAACCGGAACUUCCCGAAGGAGUCGAACAGCCAGAACUCCCAUCUGAAGUCGAACAACCAGAGCUUCCAGUUGGUGGAGAACAUCCACAACUUCCCGAAGGAGCCGAACAGCCAGAACUCCCCUCUGAAGUCGAACAACCAGAACUUCCAGUAGGUGGAGAACAUCCACAACUUCCCGAAGGAGCCGAACAGCCAGAACUCCCCUCUGAAGUCGAACAACCAGAGCUUCCCGAAGGUGCCGAACAGCCAGAACUCCCCUCUGAAGUCGAACAACCAGAGCUUCCAGUUGGCGGAGAACAUCCACAACUUCCCGAAGGAGCCGAACAGCCAGAACUCCCCUCUGAAGUCGAACAACCAGAGCUUCCAGUUGGCGGAGAACAUCCACAACUUCCCGAAGGAGCCGAACAGCCAAACCUUCCCUCUGAAGUAGAACAACCAGAACUUCCAGUUGGUGGAGAACAUCCAGAACUUCCCGAAGGAGCCGAACAGCCAGAACUCCCCUCUGAAGUAGAACAACCAGAACUUCCAGUUGGCGGAGAACAUCCACAACUACCGGAAGGUGCCGAACAGCCAGAACUCCCCUCCGAAGUCGAACAACCAGAGCUUCCCGAGGGUGCCGAGCAGCCAGAACUCCCCUCUGAAGUCGAACAACCAGAGCUUCCAGUUGGUGGAGAACAUCCACAACUUCCCGAAGGAGCCGAACAGCCAGAACUCCCCUCUGAAGUCGAACAACCUGAACUUCCCGAAGGCGCCGAACAGCCAGAACUCCCUUCUGAAGUUGAACAACCACAAUUUCCAUCUGGAGUAGAACAGCCAGAACGUCCAGCUGGAAUAGUACCAGCAGAGGCAGAAGAACAGUGAAAGUCGAAGUUCGUGCACACUGAUUUGUAAAAAGUUAAACACACCAAAGUUAUCUGAAGAACAAAUCUGGUUGUGAAUAUAAUUUAUGUAAAUUUACAUGUAGAUAUUUAUAGAUUCUGAGAGAAUAAAUGAUAAAUUUCAUCCAUA